GAGAGGGAGGCCUACCUCCGCCGCCGCCACAACUCCACCACUCCUGGCAUAGAUCUCCACCUCCCGGUGAGUGACCAUGGCGGAGGCCGCAGGAGCGACUCCUCUCCUCGCUGGCCUCCCGGACGAGAUCACCGUCUCGGAGAUCCUCGCUCGCCUGCCCCCCAAACCCCUCCUCCGCUGCCGCGCCGUCAGCCCCGCGUGGCGCCGCGCCACCUCCACCCGCGAUUUCCUCCUGUCCCACCACGCCCGCCAGCCCGCCCUGCCCCUCCUCUGCAGCCACAGCGACGUAGCCGACGGCGGCCAGUCCCUGGACGUCACGCUCUUCGACCACCGUGCAGGAGUCGCCGCCGCCGACCAGUUCCAGCGCGUCGCGCGACUGAAAACACCCCCCUUGGAAGGGGGGAUUGACGGGAGUGAAAGUUUCACUCCCCUCUUCUAUCCGGUGGCCUCCUGCGACGGCCUCCUCCUCCUCUCCAUCGAGUGUGACCUCUGCAUCUGCAACCCGGCGACUCGGCAGUAUGCUCCCCUCGAGCAGCUCGAUGGCUUCAUGACCGUGGGGUUGUACCCUCACCCUCUUACCGGCGAGUACCGGCUGUUGCUGUACCAUGAAACAGAUCAACGUGCCAUCUAUGUUUUCUCAAUUGGCUCCAACCAGCCGCCGAGGCGCAUCGGGCGCCCUGAUCCGUUGGCUGGUGACGGGCUUCUGUUCCGUGGUAGCCUGCAUUGGCACACUGGCAACCGGAUAAUGGUAUUCGACACCGCCACUGAGUCGUUCCGGCAGAUCCGUGCCCCGGUUGCCCAUGAGGACUAUGGACGACUGUUUGAGAUGGAUGACAUGCUUGGCAUCUUCUUUCUUAAUGAUGAAAAGACGACCGUUGAUAUUUGGGUGAUGCAGGACUACCAAGGCGAGGUCUGGGCUUUCAAGUGUCGGGUUGAAUUGCCGGUUGCCGAGAUCAGGGACCGGUGUCAAAAUUCUAGCCAUAUUGAGGAAGUGAUGGUUGUUAAUGGUGAUGGUGAGUUGCUCGUGUUGGUCGGUUUUGAGGACUGGCUGUUUCAGGUUGAUAUUGAUGGCAAGUUGAUUGCCAGUUUCCAUGCCAGAGGCCUCCCUUCCUAUAAUAUUGUGCACAAGCAAACUCUUGUUCAACAUACCUUCUUUCCGACACUCGAGGGUUAUGUUAUGAAUGAUUCGCCUUUCAUUUGACCAGAUGAUUAUGUUGUCAACGCUUAGGAAUAUUGAGUGUUGUGGUGUUUCUUAUUGGCCUAGCUCUGCAUGUCCACAUGAGCUGUUGUAUGUAUCAACUAGAUCCAUUAUUAAGCUUCUUUGUUCUUGGUUGAUGAAUAUAAAAAAGUAUGAUCAAGAAGC